AUGUCCCAGGUGGACGAUAACCUGCAGCCUGAAGCAUCAUCCCAGAUCGAGCAGCCUGCUGCCGCUAGGUGCAGAAUAGCUGAUCUGGAGGAGAAGCUGCAAGUGCUCGAGUUGGGGCAUGCAUUCACUAUACUCAUCAUUGUCAGGGAAACAAACUACUUCAUGUCACAAGGACGGGCCAUCAGACGGAUGGUUACACUAUAUGAUAGUCUCGAGGACUUGAUAAAUGAGAACGAUAAGCGGUGUAACAGAGAGGACAAUAAUGAUGAUUUUGAUACCAGUCAAAAUCGUUUGCAAACUGGAUAUGUAGUCCUCAAUAAUGUACUUCCAUGGUUUCACCGGAAGGCUUCCAACAUGGAGUAUUACAAAGAUUAUACCCACAUGUUAAAAAAGCUUAGACAGGGUGUGGGCGGUGCUCGAGGCAAUGACACUUCGAAGCUCAAGCCUCUUGUCCCUGAUUGGGUCAAUCACGAGUGGAAACCUGAUCCCCCAGUUGACCCUGAAGAUAAACACUGCCAUAGAUUCGCCAACGAUGCUUGUGGCAGGCUGCUCUGUCCAACAGAGCUAGACUGGAAUAACCCAAUGAUAUACACCGAUCUGAAUAAUCUCGAGGAGGGUCUCUUCAAAAGCAAACUUUUAGUUCAGGCAUUCAAAGCCAUAUUUACAUCUUCCUCUUCAGCAAAGGACGUUGCUGGUGAUGGAGAUGGCGCCAACAUCAUCGAAAACAACAGAUGCACAAAGAAGGAUGUUUUGGGCAAGAAAGUAAAAACACAUGUGGCUCAAAUCAUUAAAAUGCACAAAGUCUCACCUCGUUUGAUUGCUUAUGUGUUGUGUCAAUUCUGGUGCAAUAUAGUGGACUUCUUUGAAUGCCCCCCUGGUCGAGCAGCACAGCGCAACAUGGACCGACUCCUGACGUGGUGGAUGAGAAAAGUUUUUGGAACAAGUCGUCGGAUGGAACUCAGUGAUGCAGCCAAGGCUCAUAUGUCCGUAAAUGCUCUCGCAAUGCAGCGGGCACGAUUGGAUGAUGCACUUUUCGAUUCUGAGUAG